GACCCGCCGCGGUCUGGCAGCCGGCCGCUCUGCUGCAGCGGCCGCGCGGCACCUGGGGCGGCCGGAUCCUGCGCCAGAGCGUACUCAGCCGGAGCGCCGCGCCGCGCCGCGCCGCCCGGGGCUUGGGCUUUGUGUUUGUCGGUCCCAGCUUCCAGGCAAGACGGAGGCCUGGAGAGGUUGAGCGGCUUGCUGAGGGAUGCUCGAUUUGCAUCCCAGGAUGUCCUUUCGCUACUUUGGCUGCAACUGGGUGCCCACCUGGGCGACAUGGGGAAUGGCCCCUGCCUUUAGGGCAGUAGAGGGCAGGAGGCGCAGACGCUGCAUUCUGCACCGUGUGCCGGCCCAGGGAGGAGCGGUGCCGCUGCGGUCUCAGCCUCACUCGCUCCUGUGAAAGUCACCGAAUUGUUGCUUCUUGGGCCCUGUUGUUUUUGUGAACCCAGGCGACUCUUCAGAGUAGGACGGAGUGGCUUGGGGCAGAAAAAGGCGACUUAUUUGGUAUCUUCCCCUUCCCAAGUUUUGUGUCAGGAUAUAACAGGCUUGCCUUCUGACUUUCUCCACAGGGAGGGAUUUACUGAAGUGACUGGUGAAGUGGCCUGUCUACACAGUCUUGUUAUCUUCCUCAUGUCUUUGCUGUAGGGAUUCCUGCAAAGAUCAGUACUGUGUCCUAGUGCCUGGGACCUGAGGUGUUCGGAGAGGAUUUGUCUCAGACUCAAACAUCUUACAUCUUAGCUAACCUCUGUGCCUGCCUGAGAACAGGCUGAUAUGCCCAAGAUAGUCCUGAAUGGUGUGACAGUGGAUUUCCCCUUCCAGCCAUACCAGUGCCAACAGGAGUACAUGAGCAAGGUCUUGGAAUGUCUACAGAAGAAAGUGAAUGGCAUCCUGGAGAGCCCUACAGGUACGGGGAAGACUCUUUGCCUGCUCUGCACCACACUAGCCUGGCGGGAGCACCUUCGGGAUACCAUCUCUGCCCGCAAGAUUGCUGAGAGGGUGCAAGGGGAGCGAUUCGUUGGUCAAGACUUGUCAUCCUGGGGGAACGCUACUGCUGCUGAAGGAGAUCCCAUAGCUUGUUAUUCAGACAUCCCAAAGAUCAUCUAUGCUUCCAGGACCCACUCGCAGCUCACACAGGUCAUUGGCGAGCUUCGGAACACUACCUACCGGCCCAGGGUAUGCGUGCUGGGCUCCCGGGAGCAGUUGUGCAUCCACCCUGAGGUGAAGAAGCAGGAGAGUAACCACAUGCAGAUCCACUUGUGCCGCAAGAAGGUGACCAGUCGCUCCUGUCAUUUCUAUAACAAUGUGGAUGAGAAAAGCCUAGAGCAGGAGCUGGCCACCCCCAUCCUGGACAUUGAGGACCUGGUCAAGAGUGGGAGUAAGCACAAAGUGUGCCCGUACUACCUUUCCCGGAACCUGAAGCAACAAGCUGACAUCAUCUUUAUGCCGUACAAUUACCUGUUGGAUGCCAAGAGUCGCAGGGCACAUGGCAUUGACCUGAAGGGGACCGUGGUGAUCUUUGAUGAAGCUCACAAUGUGGAGAAGAUAUGUGAGGAGUCAGCCUCCUUUGACUUGACCCCCCGUGACGUGGCUUCGGGUUUGGAUGCCAUUGACCAGGUCCUGGAGGAGCAGACCAGGGUGGUGCAGCAGGGGGAGCUCUGCCUGGAGCUCAGCGCAGACGCCCUCGGUACAGGGCUGCACAUGGAGCUGCAGGAUGUCGCCAAGCUCAAGAUGAUCCUUCUUCGCCUGGAGGGUGCCAUCGAUGCUGUCCAGCUGCCUGGAGAUGACAGUGGCGUCACCAAGCCGGGAAGUUACAUCUUCGAGCUGUUUGCAGAAGCCCAGAUAACAUUUCAGACCAAGGACUGCAUCCUGGACUCACUGGACCAGAUCAUCCAGCACCUGGCAGGGCGUUCCGGAGCACUGGCCACCACGGUAGGGUUGCAGAAGCUGGCAGACAUCAUCCAGGUCGUGUUCAGUAUGGACUCUGCAGAGGGCAACCCUGGUUCCAUGGUAUGGCCUGGGUUCUCACAGGCCUACAAGGUGCACAUUCAUCCUGACACAGGAUACAGGAGGGCAGCUCAGCGGUCAGUCACCUGGAGCGCCAGUGCAUCCAAAAAGCCAGGGAAGGUGCUGAGCUACUGGUGCUUCAGUCCCGGCCACAGCAUGCAUGAGCUGACCCGCCAGGGUGUCCACACCCUCAUCCUCACCAGCGGCACACUGGCCCCGCUUUCCUCCUUCGCCCUGGAGAUGCAGAUACCCUUCCCAGUUUGUCUGGAGAACCCACACGUCAUCGACAGACACCAGCUGUGGGUGGGAGUUAUUCCCAAAGGCCCGGAUGGAGCCCAGCUGAGCUCCGCGUUUGAUAAGCGGUUUUCUGAAGAGUGCUUGUCUUCCCUGGGGAAGGCUCUGGGAAACAUUGCCCGUGUGGUGCCCCAUGGGCUCCUGGUCUUCUUCCCUUCCUACCCCGUCAUGGAGAAAAGCCUGGAGUUCUGGCAGGCCCGAGACUUGGCCAGAAAGAUGGAGGUGCUCAAGCCUCUCUUUGUGGAGCCCAGAAGCAAAGGCAGUUUCUCAGAGGUCAUCGAUGCUUACUACAAGCAGGUCGCCUCCCCUGGGUCCAGUGGGGCCACCUUCCUUGCAGUAUGUCGGGGCAAGGCCAGUGAAGGGCUGGAUUUCUCAGACACCAAUGGCCGAGGUGUGGUUGUCACGGGCCUCCCAUACCCACCACGCAUGGACCCCCGGGUUGUUCUCAAGAUGCAGUUCCUGGAUGAGAUGAGGAGCCAGAGUAGGGCUGGAGGCCAGUUCCUCUCUGGGCAGGAGUGGUAUCGACUGCAGGCGUCCAGGGCUGUGAACCAGGCCAUUGGGCGGGUCAUCAGGCACCGCCAUGACUAUGGGGCCGUCUUCUUGUGCGACCACAGGUUCGCCAGUGCUGACGCCAGAGCCCAGCUGCCCUCCUGGGUGCGCCCCUACCUCAAGGUGUACAACAACUUUGGCCACGUUAUUCGGGAUGUGGCACAGUUCUUCCGUGUCGCUCAGAAAAUUAUGCCUACACGGGCCCCACUGGCUGCAGCCCCAGGUGUGGGUGGGGAAGAAGCGAUUGUCUCCACGGCCAGGUUGCCCAGCACCCUCCUCUCUGCCAGGAAAGCCACAAGUAUGGAUGUGCAUGUGCCCAGCCUGAGGCCCGGGUCCACAGGAUUGCCAUCCUCUGGGAACCCCGAGAGCAGCUUGUGCGUGGAGUAUGAGCAGGAGCCUGUCCCAGCCCAGCGGAGGCCCGUGGGACUGCUGGCUGCCCUGGAGCACAGUGAGCAGAGGGCUGAGGCACUUGCAGAUAAGGCCCACCUCAGGGAGGAAGAGGUACCGGGUCACACUGCCCCAGCCCUCCAGCGUGAGAAGAGGCUGGCCGACAUGCCGAGAGGAGGAAGGAGGAAGAUUAGGCUGGUCAGCCCGGAGGAGCCAACAGCUGGUGUGCAGGCGGGCAGAGCCAAGCUGUUCAUGGUUGCCGUGAAGCAGGCCCUGAGUCAAGCCAGCUUUGACACCUUCACCCAGGCCCUGCAGGACUACAAGGGCUCUGACAACUUCGAAGCCCUGGCAGCUUGCCUUGGGAGCCUCUUUGCUAAGGACCCCAAGAAGCACACCCUGCUUCAAGGGUUCUACCAGUUUGUGCGGCCUCACCACAAACAACAGUUUGAGGAUAUCUGCUUCCAGCUAACAGGCCAAAGCUGCAGCUGCCAGCCAGAGCACAGUCUUUCCCAUGGGCAGCAUGCACAGUCAGCCCAGGACCACAGUGGAAAGAGAGAAUAUGAGCCCAAGCUGACCCAGUCUGAGGGUGUGUCCGGGCAGCUGGAUCCUGGAAAGCACCUGAACCAGGGUGGGCCCCACCUGUCGGCCAGGCUGACCCCUGCAGGAGCCCUGGGCAGCUGUCCGCAAGUCAUGUCCAGAGAGGAACAGCGAGGCCAGCCUGCUGUGAGUGCUUACCUGGCAGAUGCCCGCAAGGCCCUAGGAUCUGCAGGCUGCAGCCAGCUCUUGGCAGCACUGAAGGCAUAUAAACGUGAUGAUGACCUCAACAAGGUUCUGGCUGUGCUAGCUGCGCUGACCACCUCAAAGCCUGAGGACUUCCCCCUGCUGCAGAGGUUCAGCAUGUUCGUGCGUCCCCACCACAAACAGCACUUUGUGCAGACCUGUGCAGAACUGAUGGGCCUGCCCACCACAGUGACAACACUGCAGAGUCCUCAGGAGAGCUCCCCUGAGCUCACCCUUGGAGCACCUCAAGCAGGUCCCUCACAGGUGGAUAAACCAGGGAAGACCCAAAGCAAGAUCUCUUUCCUUAGACAGAGGCCAGUGGGAAGUGCAGUGCCCAAAGGCACCACCACAGACCAACACCAGGCCUCCUGAUGGGCAUGCAAAUCCUGGGUGGGGCCUCCAGGAGGUGUCCUGUCAUGCUGCUGCCAGGAAGCAUAUCACACAGGUCUUCUGGCCCAAGCUCCAGUGAACAUCUGUGGACAACCUUGUGCCCUGCUGUGGCCCCCACACUAGCUUGUCCCAGCUGUGGUGUGGUCCAGGAGUCAUCCCUACAGGCCUCAGACACAUGGGGCCUGGGAUAGGUCUGCUAGAAAUUCUUCUCUGUAACUUUCCCCAGGGGCCUCUGUCAGCUAUGUGCAAAUAAAACUGCUGACAGUGGCCAA